CGAUACUAAAUUAAUCCAACACAAUCACUUGAGUCCCUUGGGUAAAAUUCCAACGCCGUACAAAAGCAUGGGUAUCCAGAAUAUCACAAACAAGACUGAAGAUGAUAUUGAUAUCUAUACGCUGAACAGUCAACGAGCCGAGUUUUUGACUGUCAACACCGUCAUUUUAGGCGUAUAUCUGGUAAUCGGAGUGCUCGGAAACUCUUUAGUGUUUUACAUUUACAAAUUUUGCAUCACCAAGCACCGCACGGAUCGGUUUUUCAUUCCAUAUCUAGCGGUAUCGGAUGCUCUGUCGUGUAUUGUUGGAAGUGGAUUUGGUCUAGCUUUAAAUCUGUUACCCAUCCGAUUUUCAGGAGAUGCUUUGUGUAAAGGCCUUUGGUUUCUCACAAAAUGGUCCACCUUGGUCUCAGCACUGAUGCUUUUAUUGAUUGCCAUAGAACGAUACAAGAAAGUUUGCAAACCAUUUGGACCACAGAUGACGCCACUUGCUAAGCAGCUUUCCAUUAUUGCGUUAUUCGUUCUGUCUGCUAUUUUAACCUUUCCAACAGUAUUUUUCCAUGGUGAAAUUUCAUUUCCUGCAAGGGGUACUUCUCAUCUUACAGGAUACAGAUGUGGGCGAAAUACUUUUCUAACAGGUCUGGAAGGAUACUUCACAAUAUAUAAUGUUGUUCUAGCUGCUGUUGCUUUCACUGGUAUCACAGCAGUUACAAUUCUAUACGUCUUUGUCGGGAAAACUAUUUACAAACAAACCAAAUUUCGGAGUCGAUUUGCAUCAUCUCCAAGGAAGAGUUAUAUUUCACCGAAGUCCGACUCGGGAGUUGUAUCUGAUGGUAACGAUGACGUUUUCCUGGAGAAUUCAGUAAAAGAAAAUGAAGAAAACAAAGCACGAAAAGACUCGGCCGAUUCUUUUUAUUCCACAGAUGACGAACUAGAGAGCACGGAUGCUGAUCUUCCCAGGAAAAAAAGCAGCAACAACCCGAGAAAGAAAAGCAUCAUCAGCCAUGUUUACACCGUUCCGCAAGUUCUCAGAAAAUUCAAAAUCUCAAUUCUGUUUAUGUGCAUUACCCUUGUGUUUAUUUUGACUUUCACUCCCAGACUGGUCAUCAUGAUUUCAGAGGCAACAAACAGGGGCUAUUGGAGUGGACUCACUGACAACCAAAUAAGAGCAUCUCUAUUUUUCUAUAGAUUUUAUAUUGUGAACAAUAUUGUAAACCCCUUUUUAUAUGCUGCUUUUGAUUCAAGAUUUAAGCAGGAAAUUAAGAAAAGGUUAUCCUGUUUUAAAAAAACAUAGUUUUGUCAGAGUUUUGUUUUAGUUGUUGAGUUUUAAGUUAUUGAAUGUGUUAUCGUAUUUUCCCAUCUGUAGAAUAUACAAUAAAGAAAUAAUGUACCUCAGAACAGCGAGAAUGAACUUGAAGUGUGCGUUUCUUUCCCUACUUAGAGUGCUUAAAAAAGAAUUUAAGCAAUCAUUGAUCGCAGAACAAAACGACGAAUCCAAACAAUGGAAAACUUUUAAGAUCUACAUCUAUCAACAAAACCAUUGGCACUGCUGUUAGUAGAGAUCAUAUCAGCAUGUAAAUUCUUGAUAUAUUUCUGUAUGAUAUGCGACAUUCUGAUUUAAGAUCGUGCUUUGGCAAUUAUUUCAUCAAAUUAUGCAAUACUUUACAAGGAGUUUGUGAAUGUGCCGGGUAAACAUAUGUUUCGAUGAAAAAUAAUUAUCUCCAAGGUUAAAAUGUUCACAUUGACUUCCUUGUCGUUGUAAUAACAGCUAACACACAUAAAUCUGUCAAACUGUGCUGUAUAAAAUAAACGAAAAACAAGGGCUGUGAUAAAGUCAGUAAAAUCGAACUGAUCCUGCAUGCUAAAGUUGAGACUAUUUUUGUUUCUGGUCAUUCUCUUGCUAAUAGUACCGCAAUUGCUUAUUGAAUCAGCAAACAUACCAGCAAAUAUUGACUUUUAGACGUUAAUGUCUUUAGAGUUCAAAUUACAUUAAUAUGUCUAGCCAAUAUGCUGGAGUACUUUAAAAAUUGUUCAUUUCAGAAGAUUUGAAUUAUUUUUUUUCAGGGGGGGGAAUUCAAUAUAAAUGAAAAUUGAAAUUAUAUUUGAAAUUAUAUUGACUUUUGUCUAGGCCUCAUUUAUUGGAAUGCUGAAUCAUUAUUAUGUUUCGGGUACAUAAUUUAUUGCACGUCAACGAAAAUUGAUAUGUAAACGAUUCAUCUUCAAGAGCAACGACACAACGUUACAUUUCAUGAAUAUUGGAAAAUAUAUAUAUUAAACAAAUACUCAGUCUGGUGUCUAUUUCCAAAGCAAAACCGAAAUACGUGAACAUUUUGAAUAUAUAAUGUUAUCCUAUCGAGAACUGUAUCCUCAGCAAUAUUCCAUUAUCUCAUGAAGUAUGCUUUUGAAUUUUAAAGUAUUUCCUUUAGUAAUCAUAGUGUUAAUAUCAUAAUGGCUAAGUAUGUUUGAAAUCCUUUUUUUUAGAAAAUAAGCAUAACCUGCACCUUGUUUUGCCUUGUUUCGUCCAUCUGAAAAAAAUGUGAACUUUUUCAUUAAAAGCCAAUUUCAUAUAAUUUCUGUUUCCUUUUUCUAAAAGAUGGGUUUUCAAAACAUAUUGCGUUAAAAAUAUAUUCACAUGUUUCUUGUAUUUUUUAUUUUCCGUCACAAGGGAAUUUUAAACGUGUGUCUUUAAUUCAUUGUUUAAAACAUAUGUUUCAGUAGAAAUCCAUGUAUUUAGUACAGCAGCUGUAAAACUCUAUCCUAAAGCCAUACAUGCUGUCAUUUACGGAUAUUUUUCAAUAUGCAAAAUGUUCAAUUUUCUAAAUGAUAUAAUUUAACAAUUAAUAUGAAUGAUAAAGAAUGGUUAUAAAAUAGAAAGUACAUGCAUUAAGUGUUUUCGACACGCGUUUUCUAUUCAAACCAAUAUAAGAUUUUACUUCUUAAUUUAACAAUACAUAAUUUGUACAUCAGACUGUUCGGAGGAGUAACAACUUUACAUCUUAUUUGAUAGAAUUUAAAAAAAACACCAGUGAAAACUGUUAAAUGAAAAUGUUGAAUAUUUCUUUUUAACGUUUUAGAUGAUUGAACGCUUACAUACGCGUUAUUUUUCACAGCGUAAAGUUUGUUUUGUUCAUCUUAUAAUAUCGUUAGUUUUGUUUAUGAAUAUAAGUUUUCAGUCUUCUUUUAUUCAGGCAUACUGUACAUUUAAGUUCUAUGUUAGAGUUUUAAACGAUGAGUAUUAAUAUAUUCGUAAUCAUUUAUUAUUUGUAAAUUAUUUUCAAAUAAAAUUAAAAAAGAAUAAAACAUAGAA